CUUCGCUUCCUCUAUUUUGCAUGCGAUACACAAGGCUGUCCAUUAAUUCGGACUUGAUCGUUCCACGGCCGUGAGCCUCUUGCGCGGGGUAACCACGCCCUGGCACAGUCCAUCAUUGUUGAUAACCCUGCCAUUCGUUACUCCGGAGGUCAUGGUCCUUCCGUGCCUCUAUCGCAACAUCCGCGCAUUGACGAAGAUUUCUGAUAGCCAUUGAGGCUCGCACCAUGGCCAACCACACAUUGAGCGGCUAUUGUCCGACUCCGUUCCUCCAAGAGUCUCUUUUCUCAUCCACAGGUGGAUUCAUCGAUGGACGUUUUUGCGAGGAACUUACCACCGAGCAUGGCAAGGUCUCUUGUUGUCUUCCUUGCCCAAUGGCCGAAUGGGUAUACGGCGAUGAUUUAACCUCCCAAACCAAGGUCGCCAGCUGGCUUGGCGUCGCUACCUUGCCCCUUUGUAUCUUUCUCUUGAUCUCGUUUGCCGUGCUUCCCGCGAAAUGGACGCAUCGUCACUAUCUGAGCAUUUGCUUCACACUGGGGAUCUGCUGCAUGGAGCUUGCCUUCAUCAUCCCGCUUGGGGUCAAUCCGGAGCAAUGCCAUGAUCCGAUCACCCCCAAUGACAUGCACACGGAUUUGUCGUGUGCUUUUACCGGGUCCUUGCUCCUCUUCGGUGGCUGGGUAUCGGUAGUAUUUAGUUUCAUUCGCACCUUGGCCUUCCACCUCCAGGUGUGCUGGGAAAUCGUACUGGGUACGAAGUUUAUGUGGGGAGCACUCAUCCUGGGAUGGGGCAUCCCCAUCGUGGGCCUGACGGAAAUGUUGAUCCUUACCGGCGUAUCGUACCGCUUUGGCAUUGUAUGCCACAUCAACGUUCACGACAGUAACAAGGAUUACUGGGCUCCCGUGUUGGGCUUUGCAGCAGCCGCCUUAAUCUUACAAUUCGUCACAAUGCUCUACUGCGUCUAUGUAUACGUCAAAUCGGUCUACGACCAGGGGACGUCAACCACCAGCUCAGGUCUCCCAUCGUACUCGACCAGCGUGCGCACCCUGACAGCCCGACAAGCCUACCGGCGCAUCCGCCGCGUCUUCGAGCUGCAAUGGCGCGGCGUCACCUUGGUCCUGGUGAUCGUUACAAACGUCAUCUUCUUCUCGGUGGUCUUCAUCCGGAUGGACAACCACCUCACCGCAACGGCCGCCAACCUAGACCGUGGCGCCCCCUGGCUAGCCUGUCUGGUCCUGACACAGGGCGACAAAAGCCAAUGCUUCUCCGAAGCGAGCAACCUCCUUCCCAACAAAGCCACUCUGCUGGCCGUUCUCAUCCUAUUAGCCACGGUCGGAUUCUGGAACUUUGUCCUCUACGCACGACCCUCCAUCUUCCUCGGAUGGGCCGAUCUCUUCAAGUCCCAGGUCAGGGAGCCUCACGAGUUCGUCUCCGCUGAUGCACGUCGAACCCCGGACCCGCGCACAUACGAGAUGAUCAGCGGGUCAAGCCUGCCUCCAUACAAGACACCAGAAGCGGUAGUCCGAUCCCCUAGUCCGGUCCGGAUGAAGAGCCCGGACGGGGCCCAACACUAUGGCCGCCAGGCUCGCUACACUCGACCGUCGAUGAGUUUCUCCUCUCCACGACCACCCAGCUCCUUGCAGGGCCAUGAACGGGACUGGGACCCGGAGGCCACCUUUGCUCCAAGUCAUUCACAGAAGGGGUCGAUCUGACCGGACCGGAUCUGUGCUGGGAUUGGCGUUGGCUGGAAGGAUUUGAUUUUUUUUUUUACUAUACCCUUGUGUUACGAUAUGUAUACCAUGCUACUAGAAUAAUGAUACAGAAUCAAAC